AUGGUGUUCAAUGAGAGUGAGAUGCUUGGGUUGGCGAAGGAUGGAGAAUCUUCAAGUGGAGGUGAAGUUGACAAAGAGACAUCCAAUAUUGGGAUUGAGGAUAAUCCAGGAAAAAAUGUGACUCAUGAGGAGCACCAUAAUACAGAAGUGAUUCAAGAACAAGUUGAUGAGGUAGUUGAUCGCAUCGAUGAGGAGGUGGUUAAUAUUGAUAACCUCCAUGAUUACAAUUUGGCUCCCGAUAGAGAACGGAGACAACCCAAGGCACUGAAUCUUGAGUUGCAUCAAUUGGACAUCAAAAUGACAUUCUUGCAUGGAGACUUUGAGGAAGAGAUUUACAUGGCUCAACCUGAAGGAUAUGUAAGGGGUGCCAAGAGGAGCACAUUUGAUCUUUGUGUGUAUUACAAAGAGUUGUCGAAUGGGGAGUUCAUUUAUCUCUUGUUGUAUGUUGAUGAUAUGUUGAUUGCGUGCAAACAUAUGGAUGAGAUUGAUAAUUUGAAGAAAUUGAUAAGUUCUAAGUUUGAUAUGAAAGACCUUGAAGAAGUUAAGAAAAUUUUGGGGAUCGAUAUAUUACGGGAUAAGGAGAAUCAGGAGAUAUUUGUCUCUCAAAGGAAGUAUAUUGAGAAGGUCUUAGAGAGGUUUAACAUGGGCGGUGCGAAUCCCGUGAUCACGCCUUUAGCACCCCACUUUAACAUGGGAGGCUUUGCAAUGGAUCCUAAGAAAGCAGCCUCGUCUUACAGGUGCCAUGAACAUGAGAGGUCUUCAUUGUUGCAGUUCAAGCAAUCCUUUGUCAUUCACGAAAGUGAUUCUGCUUAUUCAAAGGUUUCAUCUUGGAAUGGCAGCAAAGAUUGUUGCAUGUGGGAAGGCAUUGAUUGCGAUGAGGAUACAGGUUAUGUCAUAGGCCUUGACCUCAGCAGCAGCCACCUCUUUGGUUCUAUCAACUCCAGUAGCUCCCUCUUUCGUCUUGUUCACCUUCGUAGCCUCAAUCUUGCCCACAAUGACUUCAACAGAUCUGAAAUACCAGCUGGGGGAUUAGUCCAUCUUUCUAAGCUCACAUAUCUCAAUCUUUCCGAAUCCGUUUUCUAUGGUGAAGUUCCUUUAUUAGAAAUUUCACAUCUUUCCAUGUUGUCAUCCCUCGAUUUGUCUGAGUCACAUUAUUUGACUCUGAAUGGUUCCAAGCUCAUUAGUCUGAUCCACAACUUAACCAACAUCAAACAGCUUCUUCUUAGCGAUGCUAACAUUGACAUGCCAAUUGCCGACAUCCUUGAAAACCUUGCCAACUAUUCUUCUUCAUUAACAACUCUGGAUCUAGCACAUUGUGGACUGUAUGGUGAAUUUCCUGGUCUAGUUUUCAACCUACCAAAGUUACAGUACCUUGAUUUGAAUUCCAACUACCAACUUAGAGGCUCCUUGCCGGAUUUUAACUCCAGCAGUACUCUCACUCAUCUCAAGGUGGCUUACACAGGCAUCUCUGGUAUGCUACCUGCUUCAGUUGGUAACCUCGGCCAGCUUAUUGUAUUACAAAUUUCAGACAACAAAUUAAGUGGCCACAUCCCUUCCUCAAUCGGUAACCUCUCAUUGUUAACUACUUUGGACCUCUCAGACAAUAAUCUGGAAGGUGAGAUUCCCAGCUCAUUUUAUCAGCUUAAGAAUCUUGAGAGUCUUGACCUGUCUCGUAAUUGGCUAAGUGUUGUUGAUCUAGAAAUGUUUGUUUCGCUCAAAAAUUUGUCAUUUCUUUUUUUGUCGUACAACAACUUAUCAGUCAUUUCGAGUUUCACCAGAUCAAACACAAAUACAACCAUUGCACAGUUAAAGAUUCUAGAAUUGGAUUCUUGCAAAUUGACAAACUUCCCUGAAUUCCUUCGGAACCAAACCAAAUUGUCUGAACUUACUUUAUCCAACAACUCCAUUCAAGGAUUAAUACCCAUAUCGGUAUUUAAUAUGAGUGUAGAAACUUUGGGUUAUUUAGACCUUGGUUAUAAUUCCCUAACUGGUUUUGAUGAUCAAUCCGCAGUGCUUUUCAACCCACGCUCUAAAUUAGAACACUUAUACCUUAAUAAUAACAAGCUGAAAGGGUCUCUCCCAGUUCCACCACCAUCCAUCUCUGAUUAUGACGUGUCAAACAACGCAUUGGAAGGUGAAAUUCCUCCUUUGUUUUGCAAUCUGACUUUACUUGGUGACCUUUAUCUGUUUGACAACAGUUUCAGCGGCAAGCUCCCUCCAUGUUUAAUAAACUUGAGUACUCUUUAUAUCCUUCAAUUAGAAGGAAACCACUUCGGUGGAACCAUUCCAGAUACAUGGACAAAUAAAUGCAACAUACGGGCAAUGAUAUUGAGCGAAAACCAGUUUGAAGGUGGGUUACCAAGAUCAUUGGUAAACUGCACAGGGCUUGAGAUUCUUGAUGUGGGCAACAAUCAGAUUAAUGAUACUUUUCCAUUUUGGUCGGCAACUCUUCCUGAAUUGAAGGUUCUCGUUUUGCGUUCCAAUAAAUUCAGUGGUGCUAUAAGGGAUCCUGAUCCCUAUCAAAAUAAAAGUAGAGCAAUAUUCCCAAUGUUGCACAUCAUUGACCUCUCUCACAACUCUUUCUCUGGACCUCUGCCUCAUAGCUACUUCCAAAAAUGGGAUGCCAUGAAAGUUUUUAAAGAUCAGGAAGAGCCUGCAUAUCUUGCAAUUACAAUAACAAAUAAAGGCGCGUCCAGAGAAUAUUUGGGGAUCCAAACUUCAUUGAAUUUGUUGGAUGUUUCAAGCAAUAGGUUUGAAGGAGAGAUUCCAGAGUUGAUAGGAGAUUUGAUUGGGCUUCAUUCAAUCAAUUUUUCCAACAAUUUUCUUACAGGUCACAUCCCAUCAUCUUUGAGGAACCUAUCUAAACUUGAAGCUUUGGACCUUUCCUAUAACAAUUUAUCAGGACAGAUUCCUCAACAGCUUGCACUGCUCAAUUUUCUUGAAAUUUUCAAUGUGGCACAUAAUAACCUCACCGGGCCUAUACCACAUGGCCAACAAUUUGACACAUUUCUGGAUAGCUCGUAUGAAGGAAACGCAGGUUUGUGUGGGAAGCCAUUGUCAGAGGAAUGUGGGAACUCCAAGGACUCACCACCUCCAUCUUCAAUCGUUGAAGAAGAAGAAGAGACAGGGACUGCAUUGGAAUUUGGUUGGAAACCAGUAGUGAUAGGGUAUGGUUGUGGGUUAGUCAUUGGGAUUGUGGUUGGUCAUUUUGUAAUUCAUAGGAGAUCUGUUUGGUUUGUUUAUACAUUUAGAAUUAGGCCACCAAAGUAA